AUGGCUCCGGCCUCCGGCCUCUGCGGCGCGGGCCCGCGCGUCCUGCUGUUUCCGCUGCUAUUGCUGCUGCUGCUGCUGCCGCCGCCGCCACUGCUGGCCCGUGCCCCGCGGUCGCCGGACACCCACCGCCACCACCCCGUGAAAAGGGGAUCGAAACCCUGGCAUGCAGCUCUGCCCGGUAGCCUGGCACCUGCCUCUGCCACCCAAGAGUCCUCCCAGCCCACAAGUGGCCCCAGACCACCCCGCUGUGGCGUGCCUGACCCACCCGAUGAGCUGAGCGCUCGCAACCGACAAAAGCGGUUUGUGCUGUCGGGCGGGCACUGGGAGAAGACUGACCUCACCUACAGGAUCCUCCGGUUCCCGUGGCAGCUGGUGCGGGAGCAGGUGCGGCAGACAGUGGCAGAGGCCCUGCAGGUGUGGAGCAAGGUGACACCGCUCACCUUCACCGAGGUGCAUGAGGGCCGCGCCGACAUCAUGAUCGACUUCACCAGAUACUGGCAUGGGGACAACCUGCCAUUUGAUGGGCCUGGGGGCAUCCUGGCCCAUGCCUUCUUCCCCAAGACCCACCGAGAAGGGGACGUCCACUUCGACUAUGAUGAGACCUGGACAGUUGGGGACAACCAGGGCACAGACCUCCUGCAGGUGGCAGCCCACGAAUUUGGCCAUGUGCUGGGGCUGCAGCACACAACGGCAGCCAAGGCCCUCAUGUCCCCUUUCUAUACCUUUCGUUACCCGCUGAGCCUCAGCCCAGAUGACCGAAGGGGCAUCCAGCACCUAUAUGGCCGGCCCUGGUCAUCCCCUGCCCCCAGUGCCCCAGCCCUGGGCCCUCAGGCUGAUGUGGACACCAAUGAGAUUGCCCCGCUGGAGCCGGAAGCCCCACCAGAUGCCUGUGAGGCCUCCUUUGAUGCAGUCUCCACCAUCCGUGGCGAGCUUUUCUUCUUCAAAAGGGGCUUCGUGUGGCGGCUUCGUGGAGGCCGGUUGCAGCCCGGCUAUCCUGCGCUAGCCUCUCGCCACUGGCGGGGGCUGCCUAGCCCUGUGGAUGCCGCCUUUGAGGAUGCCCAGGGCCACAUCUGGUUCUUCCAAGGCACUCAGUACUGGGUGUACAACGGUGAGAAGCCGGUCCUGGGCCCUGCACCCCUCUCUGAGCUGGGCCUGGUGGGGUCCCCGGUCCAUGCCGCCUUGGUCUGGGGUCCCGAGAAGAAUAAGAUCUACUUCUUCCAUGGCGGGGACUACUGGCGCUUCCACCCCAGCACCAGUCGAGUGGACAGCCCUGUGCCCCACCGGGCCACCGACUGGCGAGGGGUGCCCGCAGAGAUCGACGCAGCCUUCCAGGACGCUGACGGCUAUGCUUAUUUCCUGCAGGGCCGCCUCUACUGGAAGUUUGACCCUGUGAAGGUGAAGACCCUGGAGGGCUUCCCCCGCCUCGUGGGCCCUGACUUCUUUGGCUGUGCCGAGGCUGCCAACAUUUUCCACUGA